AUGUCUAUUCUCAAGAUCCAUGCCAGGGAGAUCUUUGACUCUCGUGGGAAUCCCACUGUUGAGGUUGAUCUCUUCACCUCAGAAGGUCUCUUCAGAGCUGCUGUGCCCAGUGGUGCUUCAACUGGUAUCUAUGAGGUCCUAGAGCUCCAGGACAAUGAUAAGACUCACUAUAUGGGGAAGGGUGUCUCAAAGCCUGUUGAGCCCAUCAAUAAAACUAUUGCACCUGUCCUGGUUAGCAAGAAACUGAACGUCACAGAACAAGAGAAGAUUGACAAACUUAUGAUAGAGAUGGAUGAAACAGAAAAUAAAUCUAAAUUUGGUGCAAACGCCAUUCUGGGAGUGUCCCUCGCUGCCUGCAAAGCUAGUGCUGUUGAGAAGGGGGUUCCCCUGUACCACCACAUCGCCGACUUGUCUGGCAACUCCAAAGUCAUCUUGCCAGUCCCGGUGUUCAGUGUCAUCAAUGGCAGUUCUCAUGCUGUCACCAAGCUGGCCAUGCAGGAGUUCAUGGUCCUCCCAGUCGGUGCAGCAAACUUCAGGGAAGCCAUGCCCAUUGGAGCGGAGGUUUACCACAGCCUGAAGAAUGUCAUCAAGGAGAAAUAUGGGAAAGAUGCCACCGGUGUGGGGGAUGGAGGCGCGUUUGCUCCCAGCAUCCUGGAGAAUAAAGAAGGCCUGGAGCUGCUGAAGACUGCGAUUGGGAAAGCUGGCUACACUGAUAAGGUGAUCGUCGGCAUGGACGUAGCGGCCUCCGAGUUCUUCAGGUCUGGAAAGUAUGACCUGGAAUUCAAGUUUCUCCACGACCCCACCAGGUACAUCUCACCUGACUGUCUGGCUGACCUGUACAAGUCCUUCAUCAAAAACUACCCAGUGGUGUCUACUGAAGAUCCCUUUGACCAGGAUGACUGGGGAGCUUGGCAGAAGUUCACGGCCAGUGCAGGAAUCCAGGUAGUGGGGGAUGAUCUCAGAGUGACCAACCCAAAGAGGACAGCCUCGGCCGUGAAUGAGAAGAAGUGCAACUGCCUCCUGCUCAAAGUGAACCAGAUUCGCUCCGUGACUGAGUCCCUUCAGGCAUGCAAGCUGGCCCAGGCCAAUGGUUGGUGUGUCAUGGUGCCUCAUCAUUCUGGGGAGACUGAAAAUACCUUCAUCACUGACCUGGUGGUGGGGCUGUGACCUGGGCAGCUCAAGACUGGUGCCCCUUGCUGAUCUCAGCGCUUGGCCAAGUACAACCAGCUCCUCAGAAUUGAAGAGGAGCUGGGCAGCAAGGCUAAGUUUGCCGGCAGGAACUUCAGAAACCCCCCAGCCAAGUAAGCUGUGGGCAGGCAAGCCCUUCAGUCACCUGGUGGCUAAUUAGACCCCUCCCCUCGUGUCAGCUCGGGCAGCUCAAGACCCCUGACCAACAUUUGUAGGGGCCGCUGCUAGUUAGCUACCCUUGCCCACCGCCGUGGAGUUCUCACCUCUUCCUUAGAACUUCUACAGAAGCAGGUUGCAGUGAGCCGAGAUUGUGCCACUGCACACCAGUCUGGAGACAGAGUGAGAGUCCGUCCCAAAAAAAAAAAAAAAAAAAAAAAGAACUUCUACAGAAGCCAAGCUCCCUGGAGCCCUGUUGGCAGCUCUAGCCUUGCAGUCAUGUAAUUGGCCCAAAUCACCGGAGCCACGUGACCCUCCAGUGUCAUCUCCGGGGUGGCCACAGGCAAGAUCCCCAGUGAUUUUGUGCUCAAAAUAAAAAGCCUCAUUGACCCAUGAGAAAAAAGAAAACAGCAAUGAGAAGUGA